UCUGGUAGUAAUCAGAAGCUUGAUGAGAUGGCUCUUAAGAAUUCGCGGCUAUUGGUCCCUAUGAUGCCGUAUAUGCCAAGAUCCAUGGGUGCUAGCUCUUUGGUGAAGUUGAAGGUCAAGACAAGCUCACAACGGUAUCCCAUUGCACAUUCUAAUGCUUUGCGAGAGUUGAAUGGUGUAUCUUUAGCCGCAAAGCACAACUUGAGAUUCAAUGGAAGUAGGAUGCUAACCACAAAGUCCAACUCUGCUUCCACUCCUUCUAGGAGUACAAGUAAUUCAACUCCUUCUGCAUGGAUAACAUUGGAGAAGAGACCUACUUUUCAAACCCAAAGUAGAAGUGAUUUCCUUAAGAAUCUCUCAAAGAAGAGUUCCUCAAACAAUGUGUCUUGUGUCUCGGAGAAAUCUCAAGCAAGCACAGAGAAAGAGAACGAUACUAGCUGCACCACUUCAAAAUCUAGGGAUUCAAUUAAUGAAGAGCAACAAUAUAUUCCCAACUUCAUUUUAAAUUCGGAAGAAGAAGAAAUCGCGUUCUUGCGUUCACUUGGGUGGGAUGAAGACGAUAAAGGCGAUGGAUGUCUUACAGAAGAGGAGAUACAAGAAUUUUAUGAUAAGUAUGCGAAAUUGCAACGAUUUGGAUGUGAUGGAGCAGAAACGGACAAUCAUAUGACUAUGUGUUAAACAUUUUGUCUAAUAGACCAUUUUGUAUCACAUGAAUAUAUUUCGGAUUUUUAGAACGAGACUUCAAAACCUU